AUGAAACUCGACUCGAAUAAUAAAUUGAUUAGUAAUGAUAAUGGUGCCGAUAAUCCCGAAGAAGUCAUUGAUCCGCGACAAAAUGCGGAAGAUAUCAUUGACGAGAUUCUCGCAGAGUUUACGGAAUCCCGAACACCAGAAAUUGCAAGAAACGGGAAUAGUAUUCCGGAUAACCUUUUCCACAUAAUGCAACCAUCGCAAACAAGAACACCUGCCAAUUCUUUUUCCGAAACUACUUCAAUAGAAGACAUUGAUCCAGCAUCGGAUCUAGGAACAUCCAUAAGAAACAAAUGCUUAGAACUGGAAGAAAUAUUACAGAGUCUUAAAUCACGUCUUAAUCAUGUUGUUUUAGAUGAAAAUAUUGUACUAAGUCCAGAAGCUAACUCUUUGGAAGCUCAACUCGAACAUGAUUUGGACACAGAUUGUCAAGAGGACCUUUCUCUUCAAGAAUUCCUUGAACUUCUACAUUCACAAAACAAGAUAAGCCCUAGUGGUGUGCAGUGA